AUGACGCAGAAGAAUGUAACAUCUCCUACGGAGUUUAUCCUAUUGGGAUUUUCAGCCUUAGAUAAGUCAGGAUUUUACAUUUUCGUUCUUAUAUUUAUUGUUUAUAUCGUCACCAUCACAGCAAAUAUUUUCAUUAUUAUCCUCAUUAAAGGUGAGACACGUCUUCACAAGCCCAUGUAUUUCUUCAUUGGUGGAUUCUCGUUCCUAGAGAUCUGGUAUCCUUCUGUUACUGUUCCCAGACUGCUCUGGGCUCUGCUGACACAGGAUAUAGCUAUUUCUACUGUUGGCUGUGUGAUUCAGUUUUAUUUCCACUUUUCAUUUGGUGCUAUAGAGAAUUUUUUCCUAGCUAUUAUGGCCUAUGAUCGCUAUCUGGCUAUCUGUAACCCACUUAGAUAUUUACUCAUCAUGAGCCCUGAAACUUGCCUCAAACUGUUAUUGGGUUCCUGGAUGUUUGGUUUUAUAAUAAUUGUUAUCCCUACAGUACAGAUGUCCAUGCUUACAUUUUGUGCCGUUGAGAUUGAUCACUAUUACUGUGACUUUGCACCACUGAUUAAGUUGUCCUGCUCUGACACAACGGGCAUCGAGAAGCAGUUUUUUGCUGAAGCUUGUGCAAUUAUAUUGGGCUGUUUUCUGAUGAUUAUUUUAUCUUAUAUUUGUAUUGUAAGAACCACAGUUCAGCUUUCCUCCUCGAUGGGUAGACACAAGGCUUUUUCUACAUGUGCAUCUCACCUAAUUGUUGUUCUACUUUUUUAUAGUACCUCAAUAUUCAUGUUUGUCCGGCCAACAGCAGAUGACUUCUUACCCAUAAAUAAAAUACUCUCUGUAAUUCCUUCGAUAGUGACUCCUCUUCUGAAUCCCAUUAUAUAUACCCUACGGAACCAGGAGGUAAAAGAAGCAACAAAGAAAUUAUCCCAAAGGAUAUGUAGAAGCAAAACGAGGGAUUCAUUUAUGGUUAAUGUUUGA